AUGCUAAGAAUAGAAAUAGAAAAGCCAAGAGGAAAUCGCAAUUCUGAUUUCUUUGAGGCUUUCGAUUUGUCACAAAUACCUACAAAUAGUUUUUUAUCGUCUUCUUAUGAGACUCACUCGAAGGGAGUUUCUAAGCCUGACGAUUCAGAUAGUUCAGAAGAUUCGAAAAGAAAUGAUAUAUCACAAUGUUCAUUUGACUCAAUUGUAAAGGAUUGUUUUAAGAGCCAAAAUUGUGUGACAGAAAUUAAUCCAAUGUUUAUGGUCCAAACAGAAAAAUGUAGCAAUAAACUACGAUACGAACUUAACGAAAUCUUGUUUACCGGUAUUGUAAAUAGUAACUGGGAGGUUGGCGAAAUUCCAGACGAUUGCAUUGACGAUUUAUAA